UAAAAUCCGAAUCUAAGGUCUACGAUCUCCGGAGAUGACACUUUUCGAGCCAACAUGGUCGCGGGAGUAUGUCCGCGAAUCGUCUUACUCGGGAUUUCAUGCGCCGCUCUCGUUAAUCUCAGUGCGGCCGCUAAGACGGACAUCGAGCUCGACGCGAAGGCGCAGUUGCUGCAUCGCCUCGAUAGCCGCAAUCUCCUCCUCUACACCUUUUUGUUAAUAUUGACUGUUUUGACGAUAUGGACUUUUAAGCAUCGCCGUUUGAGAUUCGUCCACGAAACUGGCCUAGCCGUCAUCUACGGAUUAAUUAUUGGAGCGAUCAUCCACGUGCCCGUCGUACCCGAUGACGACAGCAAGUCCAACAACCAGUCGGUAACACCGGACACAUUGUGGCUCCGAUUUUCCGAAGACAAGAGCGAUAAUGUUGUUCAAAAUAAAACCUCCUAUUCGUUUCGCGGGGAGAUCUAUAAGCAGGAGAAUGAAAUAGAUCAGAAGGUACCGGGGAGCAUUGCAACCUUCGACCCGGAAAUAUUUUUCAACAUCAUAUUGCCACCGAUCAUAUUCCACGCCGGAUAUAGCCUAAAGAGGAGAUAUUUCUUCAGAAAUUUGGGCGCGAUUUUAACUUAUGCGCUCAUAGGAACCACGAUAUCAUCCUUCGUGAUCGGAGCUCUGAUGUAUGCGUUCAUGCAACUACUGCCACAUUUGUCCACGUCCUUCACAUUUUUGGAUACGCUGUAUUUCGGAGCCUUGAUUUCGCCAACGGACCCUCUAACUAUCAUUUCAAUUUUCAAUGAUUUACACGUCGACGUGAAUCUGUACGCAUUGGUGUUUGGCGAAAGUGUCCUGAACGAUGCCGUUGCCAUUGUCCUCAGCGGAUCUAUACAGAAUUACGCGGAACGCUACCAGUCUGGUUCCGGUGGCUUCGAGACCGUAGCUUUCUUCCAAGCCCUUGGCGACUUUGUUGGUAUCUUUAGCUUAUCGUUGUUCAUCGGUGCCACCAUGGGCUGCAUUACCGCUCUUUUAACCAAAUUCACGAGAGUCAGAGAUUUUCCUCUGCUGGAAUCGGCACUCUUCGUCCUUAUGUCUUACAGCACCUUCUUGAUUGCAGAAGCUUCCGAUCUGACCGGUGUUGUCGCUGUACUCUUCUGUGGAAUAUGCCAGGCGCACUAUACGUACAACAAUUUGAGUCCUGAUUCUCGGCAAAGGACGAAGCAACUAUUCGAGCUAUUGAAUUUCUUAGCCGAAAAUUUCAUAUUCAGUUACAUCGGCGUGUCGAUGUUCACGUUUCCAAAGCACCAUUUCGAUCCUGGAUUCAUCUUCGCAGGAUUUUUCUGUGCCUUAUUGGGUCGUGCAGCCAAUGUCUAUCCUCUGUCGUUUUUGUUGAACUUGGCUCGUAAACCAAAAAUCUCAUGGAACUAUCAGCACAUGCUCUUUUUCGCUGGUUUAAGGGGAGCUAUGAGCUUCGCCUUGGCUAUUAGGAAUACGGUGUCAGUGGCUCGUCAAGCUAUGCUCACGACGACCAGUCUGAUCGUUAUAUUGACUGUGAUUUUCCAAGGCGGGGCAACUACUCAAAUGUUGAGUUGGUUGAACAUCCCGGUUGGCGUAGACGAGGAGGUAGAAGGAUUAUCGUAUAAUAGUGUUCGCAGUUAUAAUUCUAUGCAGGAUGGCUCCCUUCCGGGAGGUGGAACCUCGGAAGUCAACGAGAAGGCCCUACUAGCCAGGAUCUGGGGUAACUUCGAUACUCGAUACAUGAAGCCGCUGCUAACGCAUUCCAGGCCGACGCUCCUGGAAACGCUUCCGGUUUGCUGCGGCCCUCUGGCCAGAAUUCUCACUACGACGCAACAAAUGACCCAGGAUGACACCGUAAGGAAUGGCGGUUCGGACUUGGACCUCUGCCCGGACAAUCGUGAAUUAAACGGGCCACGUAGAGCCAGUACUCAGCCGACGAAAAGAAAUGACGUGGACCUGAGAAACAUUGGAUUGGAAGGAUUUAUUCCAUUACAGACGUUAUGAUGAAAGAGAGUCUAAAGCAAAGGAAGGUAGAUCCUUUCUCGAUGAAAAUCCUUAACGCAUUUCCUGUUCCCUCAAAGAGGCAAGACACGUGGGCAAGUAUAUUAUAGCGACUUCUUUGCGAAUUAAACACCACGAAUGUCCAAUACGUACAAGAGAAAGAACAGAGAACGAUUAAUUUGCCACGCAGCCCCACAAAUGGGACGACCAACGACUUUUGUCAAUCCGAAUUUCUGUCUUUUCCGGAAGAAGCGAACGAAUCUGGCGAAGAGUGCAGUGUUUCCAGAAAGAGAGCGAGAGAAGGGAUAUUUAUUCGCAUUUACUAUUUAUAACGGUGUCUUCGUGUUGUGACAUUAAAGAUAAUGUGAUUUAUCCUUGUAGCAUUCAGAUCGAGAGACGUUCUUUUACCAUUGUUACAAACGGUCUGGUCAUUUUACCCAACGUAAGGGAUAACUGUAAUUUCGCACAUCUCUGUACUUAUAAUUUAUUGUCGAUUUUUCAUACAAAGAGUAGGGAGUACUUAACGAGGUAGAAAUAGUGCAAAAACGAGAACACCUGAAUCGCGCGUUUAGUCGAAGGUUUUCUAUCAAACGAAUAAACCGUAGAGAACGUCCCACCGAAAUUCUUCGAAGAGAAACGAUCGAUCAACCGAUAACUGUGGGUGACCCGUAAUGAGCUUAUUUAAUGGCGUUCCUGAUCGAGCUCCUGCUAUCCUUUAGCAUUAUCGAUAACUUUUAUUUUCAGCAGGGAUAUUUAUUGGCAGUUCAAUCGGGAACGCCAUUAAUCAAGUUAAUUCUGUCAGACCUGUCCUACGAUGUAUUCAAUAGAAUAGGAAUAGCGAUAACUCUACUUUCCUUCAAGUGCAGGAAAGGGGUUCAAAACUUGUGCAAUAUACCUAUUACAGGUAAUGUCUUAAAGAGAAUGAUCGCGACGAAGAAGGCGAGAAGAGCAGGAAAAUGAAUUUUGAGAUAGGAGACAAAAUACCUAAAAAGGCGAAGCGCGUUAUCCCUACUUUUCGCGUACCAUUGUGAUCGAAUUGAUCUACAUUCGUUUACGUGCAGGAAUUUAUCCUUAUGUCCGUGAUGCAGUUUUACGGGGCUGUGAAAUGAAUUUAAAAAGACGUUAUACGAAAGUGUUAAAGGAUUCCCUCAACAAAGUCCGAGGGAGCUGGACAUUUUUUUUAUUGCGUUUUAAAUCUCAUUAAGAGGGUAUAUACAUUUUCUACCUGUAGUUAAAAAAAAAAAUUUUAAAUAACUCACCAAAAGUCUUAGAGAAGUGUAAUAAAUUUCCGUCUGAAAUAUUCACGUGCAUUCUACAUUUGCAUACAUCAUAGAUACCAUAUUAGUGGGUGCUGGUCUCGCUAGAAUACCCUUGACAUGCUCGUACCUAACACUGAAAAAACUAAUACCGCUUGAUCACGUUAGCCUUUCGUUCGUUAUUGCAGUGGUAGCUCCGCUUUACUUUUAUACAUAAGACCACUUGUUUUUCAGAACUAUAACAGUGUGCAUCUGUGAAACGAGCCAAGGCCCUAGUUGCGGAAAUAGGAAACCAUAAAUGCCCUAUAAAAGCUCGAUCCGGUAUCUCCAAUGGUCUCUAUAACCGUGUAUGUAUAGCGUCCUAGAAUGCUGAAAUUCAAUCUUUACUCUUCCUUAUCCUGUAACCCGAUUAAAACCGAUUACUUCGUCCCUUACAUCUUAGAUUAUUUAGAGACAUCUAGGACCGAGGGAAGUGUACGUGGCGUAAUAAGUAAUUUUAAACGAUAACGAACAGAGUAUUCGAAGGCGUAUAUACCCUCUUAAACUUCCACAUAGAUAUCAACGUAGCUCGGGAAUCACAGGAAGAAUCUCUUACGUGUACCAUUAAUUUAGCGGUGGUUUUCUUUAGGGAAUAACUUCCGAACAACCGACCAGAACUAAGUCAAAAGUAACUGAUACUUGUAUGUGACUGUAUAUAUGAUUAAUUAGUAAGCGCCAUCAAAUUAAACCGUUCUUUGUGUAUAUUGUAAUUCAGCGGAAAAAAAAAAAAAAAUAAAUUACACUUCAUUGGCACUGAA